UCUCUCUCUGAUUCCGAUGGGAUUCAUCAAUCCGCACAAAUAAUAUUGAUGGUCUCAGCCACCUCUAUUCAUAUGGAAUAUAAUUCAGAUAUGACAAGAAGGUGUUUUGGCGAGACGAGACAGCAGAUUUGUAAUUUUCGAAAAGGGGGCGUCACACCAAAAAUGUUCGUUCAGCCUGGCACAGAUGUUGGACAGAGAUACACAAUCUGAAAAUAUCAAUUUGACGUUUAGUUUUGUUUCAGUUCUUGACGGAAAUACAUCUGGAUGGUUUCGAAGUGUCGUGGUGCUUAUACCUAUGUGACAAAUUAUCGUGAAUGUGAAUAUAAUAUAGAUAUUUUUAUUAGGUAUAUCAGGAGUACAUUUUUAAAUCUGCUGUAGCAACUGAUGAUAGAGCGUAGAUUUCCAUCACCAAAGGAAAAUGAGUUACUUUCCGAAUUUAUUCCAAAACCACCAUUCAUUUCAUUCGCAUCAUGAUGCGAAUAUUGACGUGAAUAUUCGAAAGACACAGCAGCAUUUCCAACUGAUUGGAGAAGAAAGUUCUUACAUGAGAGGAGAGAAAAUAGAAAGGAAUGGUUCCAGAGGGAAAAUGACGCGAAGGGAAAACAAAAAUUUCGACUUCUUUCGAGAGAAAAUUGAAGCGAUAAAGCAAUCGCCAUCUUCGGACUGCAGCAUAUCGUCGGUUGAUGGAGAAGAUACAAAAUUGACAAGACUGAAAAUCGACACCGGAUACGUGAGUGCGGAGAGCUCGAUCGACAGCGAGGACGAAAGAGAAUCCACCAAUCACGUUCUCGAACCGUCGCCGCAUACAGGGUGUUCUUUGAACGGGGGGCCGCGAAAGUGUCUCGCGUGGGCUUGCAAGGCGUGUAAGAAAAAAACGGUCGCCGUCGACAGAAGGAAAGCCGCCACGCUCAGAGAACGAAGAAGACUAAGAAAGGUCAAUGAGGCAUUUGAAAUGUUGAAAAAAAGAACUUGUAAUAAUCCAGGGCAACGUUUGCCAAAAGUGGAAAUCCUCAGGAGUGCCAUAGAGUACAUAGAAUAUUUGGAAGAAAUUUUACAAGGCUCCAAAUCAUCCGAGGCCUGCAACAAUGUAGUUCCCAAGAAUGAAUACAUGAAUGGCUCAAUCACCAAUCAAUUUGUUUGCGACCGACUACAACAGUUUAGUGAACCAUUAAACAGAUUCUCACCACCAAAUGGUUGUGAACCUCCCUCCAAUACUUCCAGUUUGGAUUGCCUCAACUUGAUUGUACAAAGCAUAACUAAUAAGAAACAAGAAAGUAGUGAACAUGUAACAUGAUAUUGAAUCAUUGAAAAUUGUCAAAUGAAC